AGCGUGUCAUCCCCACAGACCAAUCACCCGGGCUGCCAAGCAAGGCAGAUUCUAAGCCGUCGACGGAGAUGGAACAGGCGAAGCUCAAUGGAAAUUCUGUCGGAUACGCUAAAUCCUGAACAACGAGGACGUGAUGGUCGGUUAUUCUCGGAGAGAAGUAUUUUCAGCGAGAUGAACAUUGGGGAUAUUCUUUGAGACCUUUGCGUCAAGAUGGCGUCGGGAGUAUCACUGUUUAUUGCCUACGCCGUGAUGAGUCUCAGCUUUCAUCAAACUCAUGGAGCAGAUGAUAAUGUUACUGAACAUGAUGUACUGAAUCGUCUUCUGGACCCAAGGUGUUAUGAUUCUACAAUAAGACCGGGCAUUGAUGAAGGGGAGGCAACCCGUGUUGAGAUUGAUAUGGCCUUGAAUUCAGUCGGCCCCGUCAGCAAUAUCAAAAUGGAGGUGAGCACUAGCUUCUUCCUACGGCAACAGUGGCAAGACCGACGUCUCAUAUACGACGACUUCAACCGCAGCAUCGUCAUCAGCCACAAGCGUCUGGAGUCCCUGUGGGUGCCGGAUCUUUACUUCACCCAAUCAAAACACGAGGUUCUACACAACCUGACAACACCAAACAUCAUGAUUCGACUCUUCCCUAACGGGACUAUUCUCUACACACAGAGGCUGUCGGUGGUCGUCCAGUGCCAGAUGAACCUGGUCAAGUUCCCCAUGGAUUCUCAAACCUGUUACAUAGCAAUGGAAAGUUACAGCUUCACCGCCGACUCGAUGUACUUCCGGUGGAGUGCGAAUCGUCAAGCGACGUCAGUGCGACCCGAGGCAAACAUCCCCGACUUCAGUAUCUCUGACGUCAUCGCCGAGGAUUGUUCUUCAACAUAUGCCAUAGGAAAUUUUACAUGUUUGAGAGCAGUCCUCCACCUCAAGCGGGAGAUCGGCUUCUACGCCACACAGACCUACAUCCCAAGCGUCCUCAUCGUCGUCUUAUCCUGGGCCUCGUUCUGGGUCGACCACGAGGCAGUUCCCGCCAGAAUCUCCGUGGGGCUCCUUACAGUGCUCACAAUCACCACCCAGAGCUCGAGUGCGCGCGCACAACUUCCCAGGGUUCCCUACGUGAAGGCGAUUGACGUCUGGAUGACGUCCUGCCUGGUGUUCGUGUUUGCCGCCUACAUGGAGUAUGCUGUCGUCACGGUGCUGUCCCGACGGUUUAAGAAGCUCAAGACAAAUACCAAGUACAAAGAGAAGGUUUCCAUGUCAACAGGCCAAAAUACUGGAAUAGAAACACGUGACAAUAACGACAAUACCCUCUCAACGCCUGGAAGUGGAAGGGACCCCGGGAAAAUUGUUGAUAAGGCGUCCAGGGCUGUAUUUCCGGUGGCGUUCGUGGUGUUUAACAUCGUCUACUGGAUGUACUACAGACUGUCGGGCCAUCUGACACCCGAACUACACCGGAUCAAGUAAUCAGAACUCCAGAGUUGUCUCCCUUUCUUUUGUAAACGUCCACACUGACUUCUUACUUCGCUGUGCAGAGUUGCGCCCCUUAGUUAUGGUAAGAUCCGUCUCCCGUGUGUACGGUUAGUGGGUUCAUGUAUUAUAACUGAUGUCGUCCUUGGCGCGUCAUGAUAACUGAAGUAUUGUCCAAGGCGUCGUUGAAGCAUCCUCACUCACUCUGGUCCAUCAUCUCAAAGACCAUUUUCCGUAUUUUGUUUUGCUAAUUUGUUGUUUAGCGCCGCACACAGCAAUAUUCCAGCUGCAUGGUGGCGGUCUGUAAAUAAUCGAGUCUGGACCAGAUAAUCCAGUGAUCAACAUCAUGAGCAUCGAUCUAUGCUUAUGGAAUACGAUGACAUGUGGCAAGCAUCUCAGCGAGCCUGACCACCCGAUCCCGUUUGUCGCCUCUUACGACAAGCCCGGGUUGCUUAAGACUAAUUCUUUUUGAAGCAAUAUCUGUAAAUUCGUUAUGUUAAACUCUCGUUAUGUUAAAAUCUUUUCAAGUAUAUUUUUGAAGGUCUAUUUUUGUAGCCUUGUGUGGUUGAAAGUUAGAGACUUAAAAAUUACAAACAACGACGUUUCUCUUUAAAAAACACUGACUGAUUAAAAUAUUAUUGAACAAUAAUCUAGGUUCUAUAUCUCAAAAUAUUAUAAGUGUAAAGUAUUCCUGUGUAAGGGCAAUUUAAAUGCGAAUAAUGAAAAGUGAAGAAAUGUGAACAACCUGUGUAUCUGCACCGAACGUGCUGUUUGAAAGAUACAAUAUCCGUCUGAACACAAGUGUCCGGAUAAUCGCGGUUGUGCAUUAUGCUGUGGAAAGAGAAGUGAUUCAGAUAUCGUCCACUUGUCAACUUUCUCACGUCAUUCGGUGAAAUAAACAUGUUUGAA